CUCUUCUUCUAACUCCAUUCCCCUUCUUCUUCUCUCCGCUUCUCUCCAGUACCGACAGCCAUGUUUGAACAAUCUGUAUCUUUUAUACCCUCAAUUUGGGCUUCCAUGAACAGUUGGUUCACUCCCACUGUUCUUUUUUUGUUCCUCAACCUCAUGAUUGGAACCAUUUUCAUCACUACUAGCUUGGCUAAUUCCCACAAAGGCAAUGACCAACACAAACAACAAGACCACCCACAACCCCACCAAUUCGCUAGAUCUCCAUCUGUGUUGCAAAGACUCAAAUCUAUCAACUUUUACACUUACAGAUCCCCCGAACCCAACACCAGCUUCACUCAGACUCCAGGUAUGGACUCCCAUUUCACUUAUCAUAAUCUCACUCAUGAACCUGAGCAACACCAGCAUCAACCACCUCAGUCCACUACUGGAUCUCCUUUGUUACAGAGGCUCAAGUCCAUUAACCUCUACAACUAUUUGUCUCAAGAAUCCUCUCCUUCGCCCAAAACCCAAGAAGAAGAUACCCAUCAACAAGAAAAUGUGCAUCACCAAGAACCACAAGAAGAAGGAGGAAAUGAAGGAGACGAGUACAUUGAAAAUGAAGAAGAGAGUCCUGAUCUUGAUGAGGUAUAUGGACAACCGAAGGGCAGCCACGUAAGCAGAACCAAAUCUGAUACCAAACCAGUGGGAGGAGAGAUACCGAAGAAGCUACCAAAGAAAAUGAAGAAGUCUGCGAGUACAAAGUCGGCCUUUUCUCACUUUGAAGAAGAAGACAUUGUCGAGACUCGUAGGCCUGCAACUACUAAAGAAGGAAAAGCUAAAGCGACACAAGUGGUUGAUGAUGAAGUGGAUGCUAAAGCUGAUGAUUUUAUCUACAAGUUUAAGCAGCAGUUGAAGUUGCAGAGGAUUGAUUCCAUUAUAAGGUACAAGGAGAUGAUCACUAGAGGAAGUGAAAAUUAAACUAGCUAUGGCUUGGUUAUGUGAGGGUGGGUUUUGUUAAUUAAUUUUUUUGUUUAAAUUAAAAUUUCAGGAGUUUAUUUCUUGGGAUGUAACUGCAGAUCUACUGCUUAUGUUGAUGAACAUUUUGUUCAAAAUUAUGCCACUGCUAUUUCUAGUCUCAUUUCUGAAUACUCGUAUACUUGGCUGUGGGGUUGAGGACAUUUUGGUAAUUUUGGGGAUGUUUCUGUUGCAUGUCCAUGGAAGUAGGGGAUACUUGCAGUUGCAGAAGCUUGUAUUACUGAAAUGCCCAUUGGAUUGGAGGUGGAGAAGUGGAUAGAGUUACAGAAAUACCCAUGUAUAUUACGUUAGAUACGGUAAAAAUAGAGGGCAGUAUGGUAGUUGGCGCAUGAUGUAUUAUCCGUAUUUGCAGGUGGUUUGGUGUGAAGCACGUGGGUGAUUUUGUUAGGGUAGUAAGCAUUAAUACCAAAUCUAUGGUGCAUGUAAGAUAGGACAGGUCAGAGAGUGAGA